GGGCAGCUGCCAGGGCUGUUGGCUUGCUUUCUCUGUCCAGUGAGGGGGACUCAGCGUAAGGGGUAGAGGCCCUACUCUGCCACUUUGUUCCCAGACCCCAGGGGAGCUUGCUCUGGAGCCUGCACCUCCACCAUCUGAGCAGGCGGUUUAAACGGCCCCUGUGCUCCACGUAGCUCUAUGGUCGGUUCCAUGCCCGCUGCUGCUAUGACGGGAAGGGACCAGAGAAGACAGACUAGCUCCACGAGGGCUAGAGCGUCUCCCUGACCGUGUGACAGGGUGGCAGCUCCCUCACCGCAAGCAUGUGUGGCUCUCAGCAUUGGGCCUGCAUCCCUCCCCACCACCCGGCUGGCAGGAGAGGGCCCCCGGGGGGUGGGGGAAGGGUACAGGGAUCAUAUGACACCAAGCAGGGCUGGGCCAGCUGCUGGCCCGCCAGCUCACGGAGGAGCCACUAUCUAGACCUGCUCAGGGAUGGCUGAGGCCACCUGGCUUCAGCCCCUCCUGGAGAUUGGCCUGCCUGGGGACACCUCUGUCCGGCAGGCACGGGUGGUGCUCAGCCAGGACCUGGGUGCUGUGCCGGGCUCCCCCAGGGUUCAUGUUUAGUCCCCUGUGGCGGGCUUGUCCUGCAUGAGACCUCAGAGCCACUGCCGGUGACUUGGGCACUCAGGAUACUGUCUGCUUCGCAGCUGGUCCAGAUGUGGCUAAAAUCCCUAGGGGAGAGAGAAACUCCCAGCUGAGCCAACAGCCUUCACAGGAGGCAGUCUGGGACCCCUGAGGAGGCCAGGGUGGUUGGGGGCCCUGGGCAGUGUCACCGCUAAUGCUUUUCUUUUCAAAGGAACGAUCUUCUAGGCAGGGGACAGACGUGUGAGUCAGGAAAGGGGUUGAGCGUAUGUCUCUGUUUUCCUGUCAGUGGAAGGGCCGGACCUCCCCUGGCGGGGCUGUCUGUGGGGUGUGGGUGUGAGUGUGCCUGUGGGUUCCCUGUUAACUUCCAAGAAAUGGGGCUGGCUGGCUGUCCAGAGGCGGUGGCGGUCAGGAGCCCAGCAUGGUGCCGACAGCUUUCCUGUUGUACAAAGCCCAGAGUGGGAGGGCGACCUCGGGUCAGAGGAAGUGGACUUCCAGGAUGGCUCCUCGCCUCCCAGGGCCGGGCCUCCCAGGGUGCGCAGGAGGCAGGAGGCCGGGGUCCCGUCCACAGCAUGCUGGACAGUCUACCUGACUCCUGCCGGGGUUGAGGGAAGGGCCUGAGUCAGCACUGUCCACCAGGCCUUCUCUGAGCUCCACUCCCACCUAGGUUGGGGCAUUGACUGUGCGGUUAAUGACCCUGGGCCAGGCCAGUACCUCCCACCUCCUUCCUAACCUCUGAGGUUGGUGUCCGUACCCCACCCCCCACCCCGGCUCCUCUGCCUGCUGCAAGCUCAUUCCAUCCCUGGACAGAGCAAGUGGCAGAGGGGGCUGUGAGGCAGGGGGUAAUUGUGGCUAAGUGACCUAGGCCAGCCUGCCAGGUGGGGGGAAUCUGUCUCCUAAGACAAGGGCCUUUCCUUACCGCCUGGAGCCAGAGGCCCCCUUCCUGUUCCAGCCCAGGCCUGUGGUUUAGGGUUCUGUGGAACCCCAGCGUCUGCCUGGAGACUGGCACCGUCACCUCUCACGCCCGUCCCCUCAUGUGAUGACGGUCAGGGAACUGGGAAAUCCCAUUGCCCAAGCAGGCACGAGAGCAUGAAUGAGCAGAGGGGAAGGAAGUGGCUGGGAUGUGGCCGCCGGGGGUGCCCCCCACCUGCCCAGAUCCGGGCUGCUGACACGCCAGAGCUGGGCCUGGAGGAGCUGCCCACUCCUGCUGGGUCAGCCAGGGCCCUCCAGGCUGGGCAGAGGAGGGAGCUCCACGCAGGAGAUCGGUGAGGAGCUGAUCAACGGAGUCAUCUACUCCAUCUCCCUGCGCAAGGUGCAGCUGCACCACGGAGCCAACAAGGGCCAGCGCUGGCUCGGGUAUGAGAAUGAGUCGGCCCUGAACCUUUAUGAGACUUGCAAGGUGCGGACCGUGAAGGCUGGCACGCUGGAGAAGCUGGUGGAGCACCUGGUACCCGCCUUCCAGGGCAGCGACCUCUCCUACGUCACCAUCUUCCUGUGUACCUACAGAGCCUUCACCACCACCCAACAGGUCCUGGACCUGCUGUUUAAAAGGUACGGUAGAUGUGAUGCCCUCACGGCCUCCUCUAGAUACGGCUGCGUCCUCCCCUAUUCCGACGAGGAUGGCGGACCCCAGGACCAACUUAAAAAUGCCAUCUCCUCCAUCCUGGGCACCUGGCUGGACCAGUACUCGGAGGAUUUCUGUCAACCCCCGGACUUUCCCUGCCUCAAGCAGCUGGUGGCCUAUGUGCAGCUCAACAUGCCAGGCUCAGACCUGGAGCGCCGUGCCCACCUUCUCCUGGCCCAGCUGGAGCACUCGGAACCCACUGAGGCAGAGCCUGAGGCUCUGUCACCAGUGCCAGCUCUAAAACCAACUCCAGAGCUAGAGCUAGCUCUAACACCAGCUCGAACACCCAGCCCAGUGCCAGCCCAAGCUCCAACACCAGCUCCAGGCUCAGAGCUAGAGGUCGCUCCAGCACCAGCUCCGAAGCUCCAGCAGGCUCCAGAGCCAGCUGUGGAACUAGAACCGGCUCCAGCGCCAGCUCCGGAACUAGAGCCAGCUCCAGUACCACCUCCAGAACAGGAUCCAGCUCCCUCCCAAACUCUAGAGCUGGAGCCAGCUCCAGUGCUAGUUCCAGCAUUAGAGCCUUCCUGGCCUUCACCUGUGGUUGCAGAGAACGGGCUGAGUGAGGAGAAGCCUCACCUCUUGGUGUUCCCUCCAGACUUGGUGGCAGAGCAGUUUACACUGAUGGAUGCGGAGCUGUUCAAGAAGGUGGUGCCCUACCACUGCCUGGGCUCCAUCUGGUCCCAGCGGGACAAGAAGGGCAAGGAGCACCUGGCACCCACCAUCCGCGCCACUGUCACCCAGUUCAACAGCGUGGCGAACUGCGUCAUCACCACCUGCCUCGGGGACCGAAGCACGAAAGCCCCAGACAGGGCCAGGGUGGUGGAGCACUGGAUCGAGGUGGCCAGGGAGUGCCGGAUCCUCAAGAACUUCUCGUCGCUGUAUGCCAUCCUCUCCGCCCUGCAGAGCAACUCUAUCCACCGGCUGAAGAAGACGUGGGAAGACGUUUCCAGGGACAGUUUCCGGAUCUUUCAGAAGCUGUCGGAGAUCUUCUCAGAUGAGAACAACUACUCAUUGAGCCGGGAGCUGCUCAUCAAGGAGGGGACCUCCAAGUUUGCCACCCUGGAGAUGAACCCCAAGAGAGCCCAGAAACGGCCAAAGGAGACGGGCAUCAUCCAGGGCACCGUUCCCUACCUGGGCACGUUCCUCACAGACCUGGUGAUGCUGGACACCGCCAUGAAGGACUAUCUGUAUGGCAGACUCAUCAACUUCGAGAAGAGGAGGAAGGAGUUCGAGGUGAUCGCCCAGAUCAAGCUGCUGCAGUCGGCCUGCAACAACUACAGCAUCACGCCAGAUGAGCAGUUUGGGGUCUGGUUCCGGGCCGUGGAACGGCUCAGCGAGACUGAGAGCUACAACCUGUCGUGCGAGCUGGAGCCCCCAUCCGAGUCAGCCAGCAACACCCUCAGGACCAAGAAGAACACAGCCAUUGUCAAGCGCUGGAGCGACCGCCAGGCCCCCAGCACAGAGCUCAGUACCAGCAGCAGCUCCCACUCCAAGUCCUGUGACCAGCUCAGGUGUGGCCCCUACCUCAGCAGCGGGGACAUUGCUGACGCGCUCAGCGUGCACUCGGCCGGCUCCUCCAGCUCUGACGUGGAGGAGAUCAACAUCAGCUUCGUCCCGGAGUCCCCAGAUGGCCAGGAAAAGAAGUUCUGGGAAUCAGCCUCACAGUCAUCCCCGGAGACCUCCGGCAUCAGCUCGGCCUCCAGCAGCACCUCGUCCUCCUCAGCCUCCACCACACCCGUGGCUGCCACACGCACCCACAAGCGCUCCGUCUCAGGGCUCUGCAACUCCAGCUCCGCGCUGCCGCUCUACAACCAGCAGGUGGGCGACUGCUGCAUCAUCCGCGUCAGCCUGGACGUGGACAACGGCAACAUGUACAAGAGCAUCCUGGUGACCAGCCAAGAUAAGGCUCCGGCCGUAAUCCGCAAGGCCAUGGACAAACACAACCUGGAGGAGGAUGAGCCGGAGGACUAUGAGCUGCUGCAGAUUCUCUCCGAUGACCGGAAGCUGAAGAUCCCUGAAAACGCCAACGUCUUCUAUGCCAUGAACUCUACCGCCAACUAUGACUUUGUCCUGAAGAAGCGGACCUUCACCAAGGGAGUGAAGGUCAAGCAUGGAGCCAGCUCAACCCUCCCUCGCAUGAAGCAGAAAGGACUCAAGAUUGCCAAGGGCAUCUUCUGAGGGCAUCUCCCCAGGGUCUGGCUGGCUGGUAGCCGAGCACUUAUGGACCAGAGUGGCCCAGGCCAGCUGGGCACCUUCUUCCCACCUGCCAGCCCAGGGUACCCCAGACUCCAGUUUCAUCCUGAACCUCUCCUGCUGCUGGGAUUGACGCCUGCCAUUGGUCAGGCUGACCUGGCCUCCCGUGGACCACUUGCUGCCUUAGGUGCCUUCUGCUCUCUGGAACCAGAGGACUAGCUGACUUUUGCCAAGGAGCAGUGCCAACGGGCAUGGUGCCCUGCCUGCCCCCGGGCACCACCUCUGUACACUUCCCUGACACCUUCCCAGGUGGGGGUCACUGCCACCUGUGCCAUGGGCACCCUAGAGCACCCACUCACCCACCAUGUCUGACCACUGCAGUUCUCUCCUCAUGCCCACGGGCACUGGCCUGUGACCUUCGCAGGGGUCCCGGCCCCUCCCACCACUCUAGCCUUUCUCAGGCUGCACCAAAGAUUCCAUCAUCAGGGCCAACUGAGAGUGAGGGAGUCUCACCCACCACUUACCCCAGCCCUCCCCCGGGAGCAGAGAGAGAACCCCUCUUCAUGGACCAGACUCUGCACCCGGUGAAUGAGGACAGUCCCAGCUGAGUCCCAUCGAUGUUGAAUCUCAUGCCACUGCAAGUGCCAUUCACCACUGCGUCCUGGGCUUUACGAGACCGUGCAAGACGGGGGUUAGUGAGGAAGGAGGAUUUGGGGUGGGGGUGGGGCGAUUGACUAUUUGUAUAAAAAGCAAAAAGGAAAAAAAAAAUGUUUACUGAUUGGGGAGGGGCAAUAUUUAUUUGUUGUAAAUAGCAAAUGCUAGACUUGAAUAUUAUAUUAAAAUCCUGUUUCUACUAUA